AUGUGGAGACAAGAGGAUGCCGAGAAGAUGCAGUGCUUAUGCAUGAAUGUGACCCUUUGUACAACCCUCAAGUUGUCUAUCUAUGACGGAUGGUUUGCCAUUGAAACGGGCAAUUAUGCAUUGCUACCCACUCCAAAAGCGGUAUUUCUGUCGCUUCUGAUUGUGGCAUACACUGAUAAUGGCCAAAGCAAGGGGACGAUCGAUACUCCUGCCCACCAGGCGUGUGUACAAGCGCCGCCAGCGACAACAUACUGGACAGGAUGGUACUCGACCUCAGACAACUUUGCCAAAGGAUCGUCAGAAGACUUUAGCCAUCUGUGCUCUAACAUCGAAGAAACCCAAUGUAGAGAGAAAUAUACCCAUCGUAGUUUUGACGAUACAGGCAUUGUCCCCUAUGUGAUUUGCAAUGAUGGUGUGUUGGAUUGUGAGACCCCGUUGCAAUCCUGCGAGAACGCUGAAGUGAGACUACUAUGCACUAACACAAACGAAACACUCCCAGAGCCGGACUUACACUGGUCACUGAGCGAGCUGGACAGCGGUGCCACAAUGGGAGCCAACGAGUCCUGGACCUGCAAUGACAAAGUUGUACGAGUCGAUCCGAUAGCUGGAACGAUGGUGGGCGAGGUGGUUCUAGGCAAUGAGCGGCUUCGUCAGACGUUUGGUCCGAAUUCUCACUACGACCUAUGCGCGGUUCGAACCAGCCUGGCCUUCAAACCAUUUGUGCAGAACUGCUUAACGAACCCCGACUGCUGCGAUUCGGCCCACGGCAUCUCGGUCAUGUUCUGGCUUCAGAAGAACGAGAUGUAUGGCAAUGAAUCUCGGCCUCAGUCCUCUCCCCGCCACGCGUUUCGAUCCCCAUCGCUGGUCGCCACGGUACAAAACGGGCAUCUGAUUGUGACGUACUUGCACUUGGGCACCACGUGGACAGUCAACCAGACGCUGAUAGACAAGGAAUGGGUUCAUGUGACCAUAACCUUUGACCCGCUCACCAACCUGACGGUGUACUUCAACAGUGAGGUGAAGGGCCAAGGAAUCCCGACGACAACUUCGCAACCAUUCGCAGACAUCCUGGACGAAUUCGAGAAAGACAAUACGUCCUUCUGGGUUUUCUCAAGAGAUGAUGUUGUGACGUCGUCAGAAAUUCGUCCAAUAAUGAUGACGGAACUGAAAGUGUUUUACUCAGCAUUGUCAGCGGACCUCAUUCGCCGAAUAUUCCAAAAUGAACGUGAAGACGGCCCGCCAAAGGUCCUGAGAAUGGCAAUCAGUCAGAAGAGCUUCAUGGACUACGAGGAACAAGAGGAGGUAAACCACAUCAAGCUAACUUGCCUGAUUCGCGCCCAAAAUGGAUCCGACCUCAACGUCCGUUUCAUGUACGAGGAGUACGGACAUUUUGAAGAACUCACAUCGAACGAGUUCUUCAUGACGUCAUAUCUCCAAGAACAGAAUGAAUAUCGCACGACAGCCGUGUUAUACAUAUUUGGCAAACAUGAUCAAACCGCCGGAUAUCUCCCUUCCCGGUUCACUUGUGAAGUGGUCUCCGACAGUCAACUCAGCGCCUACGGAUACCCGAUUAUAGAAACAUAUGAAUCAACAGAUCUUGAUGACACGGACGCUUAUUACUGGACAGGAUUCUUCGAUGCCGACACUUCUGAUGACGGGGACGAAAUAGAGACAAAGGAAAAUCAUCUCGCUAUGGCUGAGAAGGAUGAAACAAAUUCGCUGUGCCAAAACCCGAUCUACGCCGACUGCAGAACGGCGCAAGAUUCUGACCAGCAGCUGUGGUAUGAAAUAUUGCCUUCAUUUGUGCCGGACGUCAACUACCCGUGCGAUGGCAACGGUAUUCGAUGCUCUGUUGAUGGGGAUAGACAUAUUCAGUCAGGCCGUCAGGAAUGUCCUGAUCUGCAAGUCCGCUAUGCCUGCCCUGUUACCAGUGCAACCGUUCUUUACAGCACCAGCAUGUCUGGUAUUGGUAAAAUAGACACCAGUCACACCACAACCAGUGGUAACAAUAGCAAAGAACCACCUUUUCCCCGGCAACCAGACACCAUCUCGGGUGGAGUCGAGGACUCGACGUCGACGAGCAGGAGUGACAUCCAUACUCCGACUACGACGAGGAGCUCGAGUAUUCAAGAAGUCACAAGAGACCCAGUUGGUGGUAUUGGGUCAUCUCCCGAACGCACCACUUCAUCUGUCAGCCCAAGAUCCUCACCCCCGCCCGACACUAGACCUGACAUCGGGCACAGCACCAGACGGGCACAAAAUACUAGCACUAGCACUACACCUGAUGUCAGCACUGCACCUGAUAUCGUGCCCAGCACCAGACGGGCACAAGAUACUAGCACUAGCACUACACCCACCAUUGCCACAAUUGCACCUGACACCAAGAGCAGCACCACUGUCGAACAGGUCCAAGACACUAGCACCAGAACUGCGCGGAAUGAUGUUGAUGUAAGCACUACACCCGAUGCCCCAGCAACUACACUCCCGUCCACCAAGUCAAAACCGGACGAAAGCCGUUCCCCUGCAGAUGAAGAUGCUUCAAAGACCACUACGGUUACCCUCAGUGGUGCUAGCAUUGCUCCCAGCACCGUAGAGACUAUAGACGAUGCCACUGUAAGUAGUAUCCCUAUUACAGCGCCCCCAGAGGGAGGUAAGGAUUCAGGCAAAUCGACAGGCAACGAAGACCCUAUUACUGGAAAAAGAUACGCUCUGACAUACUUAUAUCCCGUCAUGAUAGUGGCGCUUGGACUUGGGGUACCAACCCUUACUGCAUGCUACUACCUUUGUCGAAAGCGAACACCCGCAGAGAUACAGGAGCAGCGAUUAAUCGAAGACAGGAAGCAAAAACUUGCCCAGCAACAAGAAGAGAAUCAACCAUAGUACAGUUAAAGACCGUCAUUACUACUGGGCCAGAAGGGAUUAGAGCAGACCACACAGCGAGGUCACUGA